CUUGCUGGCGUCCUCCUGCUGGGAACGAAGAAGGCCCACCGCACUCCUUAGCUCCUCCCCCACCCGGGGCAGCUGGAAGCGGCUUCCUCUUGCGUGUUACAGAUCAGGAUGCUCCUAAAUCCACCUCUCGCGGGCCCAGCGCUUCCCUCGACCUGGGGCAGGCCUCCUUUCCCUUACUUUCUCUGGAAGGAAAAGCGAAGAGCCCCGGGAAAUUGAGUUUCUUCCAGAGCCGCGCGGGGCCUGCAGCUGCCCUGCCGGGGGUCCGGGCGCCGCGGCCCUGAGUGUCCGGCAUGGCGGGCCGGAAGCGGAGGGCCAGCCAGGCGUGGCCGGAGGAGCGCGGCGCACAGGAGCACGGGCUGUACAGCCUGCACCGCAUGUUCGACAUCGUGGGCACGCACCUCACGCACCGCGACGUGCGCGUCCUGUCCUUCCUCUUCGUGGACGUCAUCGACGACCACGAGCGGGGCCUCAUCCGCAACGGGCGGGACUUCCUGCUGGCGCUGGAGCGCCAGGGCCGCUGCGACGAGAGCAACUUCCGGCAGGUGCUGCAGUUGCUGCGCAUCAUCACGCGCCACGACCUGCUGCCCUAUGUCACCCUCAAGCGGCGGCGGGCAGUGUGUCCUGACCUCGUGGACAAGUACCUGGAGGAAACGUCUAUCCGCUAUGUGACCCCUCGAGCCCUCAGUGAGCCGGAGCCAAGGCCUCCCCAGCCCUCAAAAACAGUGCCUGCCCACUACCCCGUGGUGUGCUGCUCGGCCGCCGGCCCGCAGAUGUGCCCCAAGCGCCCGGCCCGUGGCAGGGCAGCCCUCGGGAGCCCCCGCAAGCGCCGCAAGUCGCUGACGCCGGACCCCAAGGAGAAGCAGACGUGCGACAUCCGGCUGCGGGUGCGCGCCGAGUACUGCCAGCACGAGGCGGCCCUGCAGGGCAACGUCUUCUCGGACAAGCAGGAGCCGCUGGAGCGCCAGUUCGAGCGCUUCAACCAGGCCAACACCAUCCUCAAGUCCCGCGACCUGGGCUCCAUCAUCUGCGACAUCAAGUUCUCCGAGCUCACCUACCUCGACGCCUUCUGGCGCGACUACAUCAACGGCUCCUUGCUGGAGGCCCUCAAGGGCGUCUUCAUCACGGACUCGCUCAAGCAGGCCGUGGGCCACGAGGCCAUCAAGCUGCUGGUGAACGUGGACGAGGAGGACUAUGAGCUGGGCCGGCAGAACCUCCUGAGGAACUUGGUGCUUCAGGCCUUGCCGUGACCCGCCGGGUGCCCGCCCGCCCCGGCCACCCACGGCCCACGCAGACCCUUUCUCCAGACCAGUCACACCCCUGCCUUUUUAUUUUCAAGGACAGACAUCGGAAGCCGGACGCGGUGUCCCCGCGGCUCCCCGUGCCUGAGCACUCCCGUCCCCGCCGCCACCCACCGCUGAGCCAUAAGCCGUGUGGGUGGGUGGGGGGAGGCGAGGUGGCCGGGGCGGCUGUGGACAGUGCGGGGGCGGCCCGGGGCUCUCGGAUCGCUUCUGAAAAACCAAAGGGCUGUGAGUACCUUCAGAGCCUGGCGGGAGGCGGGCUCGGAAGCGAGUUUUGGAAAUGGACCGCCCCCCCUUCCCCAGUUCCUUUUUUACAAAGCACGCCGUGGCCCUCUCAGCUGUCUCCUGCCCAUGGUGACCACUGGUGGUGGAGGGGGGGGAGGAGGGGGUCUCUGCCAAACCGGCCCCCCAGCCGAGCACAGGCUCCGGUGGAUGGGGAGGGCCGGGCCAGGGCACGUGCCCACAGCCCGUUGCACCCUUGCUGCCAGUGCAGAGUGCGGAGGGUGAGCGGAAGGGGCUUCUGUGCACUCUCCCUCCGCCCUGCUGGUCCGGCCCACGGGCCUGGGAAUGCACUGCGGGUCGCACUUUGAGUGGGGGCACACGGGGGAUGGUGUGCCGCGUGAGCCAGGAGGCGAGGUGCAGAGCCCAGUCCAGCUGGUACCGUCCCGCCCCCUCCCCUGCAAUGAGAUGUCCAGACACAGACUUUGUGACGAGUGUAUUUUCAAUACGGCGCUGCUGGCGCUCCAGUUUCCAUGAAAUAAACAGUGACUGUCCAAUUCAC